CGUACCGCUGUCAGCAAGGCAUAUCGUACGAUACAACUUCCGGCAAUGUGGUGGUCACUUGUUCUUGUAUGUUUCAAUAAAGCUUGUUGACAGAGUGAUGACGUAGAGGGGCGUGUUCCCAGCCGCGACUCUCAGCAUGCCAGAAGAUGCAGCGCUGCUUUCUGUGCAGCAGUCCCUCAGACGGUGCUUUGAUACUAUAGACCAACAGCAGGAGGAGUGGAAGCGGACUAUACUGGCAUGUGGUCCCCUGGUGAGCUCAUUGAGUAACCUGGCUGAGCAGUUGCAGUCUUGCCAAAAAGUUACCUUCUCAAAGACUCCUCUGGGUGGCUUUCCUGAUCUACAGGAUCGUCUUCGUUAUAAGCUUGAGGCGGCGGUGGACCUCACCCUUGAGAAGCUAAAUGAUAAGAUGUGUGUACUCCAAAGAGUAAGGGACUCUGUGAGUCACCAGGUGGGAUCGGUCCUCUAUGUUUAUGAGGUGAGUGCAGAGAAGCUUAGCCUUGAGGCAUCCCUGGAGCGCACUUCUCACAGCCCUUCUGUAGCUGACAUGUUGGAGUGGCUGCAAGACACAGAAAAAUAUUACCGAAACCAAUACUUACAAAGGAAGCUUCUUCUACAAGUGCAGGAAAAUCACUUGUCUGAUAUCAAGAAUUUAACUCAUUCUUGGGAAAGAUUAGAUGACAAAUUUGCUACAAAUCAACAUCUUGUGGAAGAUAUGUUGCUGAAUGUAUCAUUGUUUCGAGAAGCCACAGACUAAAGCCAUGGACAUAGUGUGUACCUCAGUGAUGGUCCCAGUGGUUUCAGAGCUCGGUCAGUUAUUGUACGUGCUUUCUGACUAGAACUUUUGUAGUACUUCUGCAGCAGAAGAUUUCUAUAAUGCCCUGAUCUUGUAGGCACUAGCCUAGUAAUCCCCCGGCUCCCUCAUGUCUUACCUGAGCACCCCAGCUCAGUGUCCCCUCAAUUCGGUCUGGCAGCGACCACGUCCAUGGUAAUCAAGAUGGCAUGAUUUUCCCAAGUGACCGCUACCCCAGACGCAUCCUCUCCGGAGCUUGCGCUUUCAUGCAGCAGAAUGUGCUUUGUCUGCACAUGCGCUAAUAUAUACUGUAGCCUUACAUUUGCAAAAUAAGUCCUCUAUACAGGAUUCAAAGAAUGGAGUCAUCCUUAUAAGUACCCACACAUAGUAUUCUAAUAAGAGUACAACCACAUGAAGUGGAACUACUUUAGUGUAUACGCCGUACAUUAAUAGUGCCGGCCACAAUGCCCUGUAGUAGUGCUGUAAGUUACCACUGUACUACCACCAACCGCGGUGUAGUGGCGCCUAUACUUUACACUUACAUUCUACGCUCUAAGAAGGCUGCUGAAUUGUGUCUUUCGCUUCUAUGGUGAUUGAUGCAAGAAGAAGGACCUUGUUCUCUCCACUUGAAAAUAUAAUCCCUGACAAGUACAUGUCAACCACAAGAAUCAGUGUUUAUUUCUCAUGUUUUAUGCCACAGAAAUAAAAGAUAUUUUUCUGUGUCUGUAUUUUACAAACUGUCCAGCAGGUGGUGCUAUUGUGCUGCGUUGCAGGGACUGUACGUUAAUGUAUUCAGUUCAGGCUUUUACGACUUAUCCAUUGCAUUCCUUUGUCAUCCUAAAAAGUGAUUUGUGUGACAAAAACAGUACAAGUUUUAUAUGAUAUUUAUAGAAAUACAAUGUUAAUUCAGUAAUCCUUCAAGGUUAGUCCUAAAGUGUUUCACAUCGCAUACAUGGUAGCAUACUAAUGUGUCAUGACCUCUUUCUCUACAAUAUUGACUAUAUAAUGCAAUAGAAAGUUAAAUCAUGGCAAUUGUAGGUCAAAGUAAAAUGUGGCUUUAUCGUUAUGUUGUACUCUUCUUUUCAAUAAAUGCUAUUUUUUCAAGACAAAUUAUUUUGAGAAUGCAAAUCCUGCCUAAAGCACACAGGAGCCUGAUCUCAU